GUCAGCUAUAAAAUUGUGGCGGCCAAAUUUCACAACAAAUCCAAGCAAACAAAUUUCUGUUUUUAAAAAAGCCAACAAAAUGGCAUUGAAUAAGGAAUUUGUUGUAGCCGUACUAGAUAUUCGGCCAUGCGCCGAUGAAAAUUUGAAAUUGAAAUCCGUGAAAUUCGUAUCAGAAAUUUUAAAAGAAAAGAUUUGUGCGGGGAAAAAAGAUUUUGUUUCCUUUGUGCUACUUGGUACUGAAAAAACUUCCAACGAUGUCAAUGAGCAUGUUUUCCCAGAUAGUUACAAUAAUAUAACACAAUAUCAGCAGCCACAAUGUCCUACAUGGCAAUUGCUUUUAAAUUUCUAUAAAUUUGUAAAUGAAAAUGCUUGUGAUGAUGGUGAAUGGCUUGACGCAUUAGUUGUAGCAAUGGAAGUUAUAAAAAGAGGUGAAGAAUGUUUCAAGUUCCAAAAAUCCAGAAUACUAUUCUUCUACGAUUUCAAUGAUGUGCGGAAUUCUUAUGAUAUGUUUGACGUUAUCACACAAAAUGUGGCCCAAACAGAAGUCGAAUUGGUCGUAAUAUCAGAGAAAAUACGAUACAUCGAUAAUCCAAUUAGCGGCUUACCGAAAGCAAUAUUUCAAGAUGGCAAAAAAAGCAAAAACCAAGUCAAAAAUGAAGACUACGCCUUACAAUUGAUAACCAAUUGCAGUGCGCAGCUUUGUAAUUUUGAAGAAGCUAAACGUUGUAUAUUCAAAAUUACCAAUAAACGCCCGUGGGUUUGGAAUAGUAAACUAACUAUUGGUUCAGAGAUCAACAUAAAAAUAUCUGGUAUUAUUUAUAUGAAAGAUGAAAGCAAUAUCAAAUUAAAGAAGUGUUGGGGCCAAGAUGAUGAACUAGUUUCGCGUGAAUUGAAAUCUUUUGUACGUGGUUCAGAGAUAGAGCCUACUGUGGAGGAACUCAUUGAUGGUUAUAUGUUGGGCUCCACACCAAUAGCCUAUGAUGAAUCAUUGAAAGAUAAUAAGGAACGCUAUGAGCCAGGCUUAAAGUUUGUUGGUUUUAUAAAACGCAAUUCUAUACCGGAAGAGUAUUUUUGUGGUGAUUCGUUAUACUGGAUUGUGCAUCAGAAAGGCAUGAAUGCUUCAGCGCAGAAAUUUGAUGCAUUAGUACGCGCUAUGACGAAUUUAAAUAUGGCUAUGCUUUGUUGCAAAGUAUUUAGCACUGCAUUUAAUACUCCGAAAAUGGUAGUUCUUUUGCCUAAUAAGUUAAAUUCCGACAGGCCUGCCUCCCUUACAAUGGUCGAAAUAGCCUAUCAUUCACAGCAUCAGUAUUUCCAAUUUCCGCGCCUGCGUACGCAAAAAACGGAAUGCACUAAAGAGCAAUUUGCUGCCAUAGAUGAUCUAAUUGAUUCAAUGGACUUGACUAUAAAUACGAAAGUGUGUGAUGAGCCACGUGACACAUAUCAGCCCGAUCUGUUACCCUUCGAGUCAUUGGCACACAUUUAUGAGCAAAAUGUGUUGGAUGUUUUAGAAAGGAAGAUAUUAUCCAAUGCUAGUGAAGACGAUGAGCAAUUCGCUGAAAUGUUGGAUGAUAAAAAUUUCGUAGAAAUAUUUUGGAAAGUGCCUGAAAUGCGUGAGAAGAACGCAAAGCGUGCAGCCAAAGUGGUAAAAUCCUUAUUUACGUUACAAGAAAACCAAUCAGAAAGCAAACCAAACACAACUGCUAAGGUUAAAUCUGAAUUUAGUCAUAGCGGUGCAAGCACUGCAACUGAUAGCAGUUCUGCACUGAGUUUUGAUAGAGUUAGUGAGGAUACCCCAGCUGAAGAUUUUCGUCAACUAAUAAAUUGCAUUGUUUUGAAAAUGGAAAAUCGUACAGAGCGUGAUGCAAAAUUUCAGGUUUACGCAAAGCAAAUGCGUAAUACUAUUUGGACAUUACUAUUCCAAUCAAAGGAUAGCUUAAAUUACGAAAAGUUGGAAGCAUCGUUAGCAGUUUAUCGUAAACACUGUUAUGACUUCAACGCAUUUGAUGAUUACAACAACUGGAUUUGCGAAAUAAGAACUCGAGUUGUACAAAGCAAACUUCAACAUUUCUGGCAAAAGAUUGUGGCUGAUAAAAAUUUGGGUCUCUGUUUUGUGAGUACCGAUACGGAGGAAACUAAGCAGGCGCUAAAGAAGUUCUAUGAGUUACCUAGUGAUUAAAUAUAGUAAAUUAAAGAAUUCGACUGGGUAAGAAUAAAUUGUUAUUGUUUAUGAAAUGCAUUCUAUUUUAUUAUAUUGUAAAAAGUUAA